AUGGGAUCUCUUCGGAGACUCUCUCUUUACUCCAACCUUUACUGGGGCUUUUACCCCAAAUUCAGUCUGGAAGGGAUCCAUUUUCCAAACUUGCAGUCGCUCGCUCUGGGUAACUUUACCUUCUUUGAGGACAAGCAGCUUGACUGGAUUCUCUCGCACUCAUCGACACUCGAGGAAAUUUAUCUCGACGAUUGUCCGAUCAUAUUCGAUGUGCGAAUGUUGGAUUACCAACUUUCUGAAUGUCCGAUUCCAGCAUCUGAAAUGCAAUAUGUGCUAGAGGAAAACGGGUGCGAUGGCUGGCGCUAUUAUUAUCCACGCCGGUGGUCUGACUAUUUUGCCUCCUUUGAGGCAGGCCUUCCGCACCUUCGCCAUUUCGCAACAGGCCACAGCGAAGCAUGGGAUUUUGAACCUGGCAUGCCUUUUGAGCAUGAGAAGGACCUCGUUCCAGUUCUUACAGAGGCCCGGUACAUCCAAUUUAAUGGUGGUCUAGGGCCAAGUCAAUUCAUAACACCAUCGGGAUGUUACAACAAGGAGUGGCCAGUAUGCGAUGAUGAAGAUCGGGAAGCGUUCAAGUCAUUGCUUCGGAAGAUCGAUCAACAGGUGAACUGUGGAGAGUUCACCAUAGGAAAUUUGGAGGUAGAGAAUCUGGUUGAAUUGCACUAUUGA